AUGAAAUAUUAACAGCAGUAGGAUAUAGAAGGAAGGCUUUCUCUUUUGAGCGUUGAAGAUCUUACUGAUUUGUUUAUCUUAAACAAAAUAAAUGAUGGGCAGAGUAUGAACAAAGUAAAAUCUCUUGGAGAUGACUAUGGUUUGGCUCGGAAGUUGAAUUCUGAUAUAAAAUAAGGACUUGGGACAGAAGCAGAUGUGUAAAGGAAUAGAGAAAGUUUUGGCGACAAUAUUCCAGUGGAGAAAGAACCAACAACCCUUUGUGAAUUGAUCAUGGAAUGCCUGGAGGACACGAUGCUUAGAAUUUUAUUGCUAGCAGCACUUGUGUCAACAGUAAUUGGAAUAAUAAAUGAAGGAUUGGCAACAGGUUGGACAGAAGGAGCAACUAUUUUCUUUGCAAUAUUUUUGAUCAUUUCGAUCACUGCAGGAAAUAAUUAUUUGAAAGAAAAACAAUUCAGGUAGUUGAGAAGAAGAUUGGAUGAUGGGAAAUGUCAAGUAAUAAGAGGAAAUAAGGUAACUGAAAUUGCAACCAAAGAUCUCGUUGUUGGAGACAUUCUAUUAUUUAAUUUAGGGGAUCUAUUUGUUGUAGAUGGUUUGAUGAUAUAAGGAAGUGCAGUUAAAAUGGAUGAGUCAGCAAUGACUGGAGAAAGUGAUGAAAUAAAAAAAUUACCAUAUCAAGAAAUGGCACAAUAAAAACAAUAAUAAUUUGAAUCAAGAUGCUGCCAGAGGUCACACUAGUCCAUUUUUAAUAUCAGGAACUAAAUGCUUAGAUGGAACAGCCUAAAUGCUAGUUCUAGCUGUUGGUUAGAAUACAAUCUCUGGACAGUUAAAAAAAUUGUUGAUUCAAGACAAUCCACCAACUCCAUUAUAAUAGAAAUUAGAAGGAUUAUUGUAUCAAUCUUUACAUUCUUUGCUUUAAUGGGACAUCUUGGAUAUGACAUCUAUUUAGGUCAGAUACAAUUCAAAAGUCUUAAGACCUUAUAAGUGAUAGUGGAAUCAUUUAUGAUUUCUGUAACCAUUAUUGUUGUGGCUGUACCUGAAGGUUUACCCUUGGCUGUUACAAUAGCAUUGGCAUAUUCAGUUGGAAAAAUGAAAGAUGAAUAAAAUUUGGUUAAGAAUCUAUCAUCUUGUGAAAUAAUGGGUGGAGCCAAUAACAUAUGUAGUGAUAAGACCGGCACAUUAACCCAAAAUAUCAUGCAAGUAACUGCCUUGUAUGUUGAAAGGAAUACUAUAUAGAAUGAUGUCCAUACGAUUAAAUCUAAACUGAAUAAGAAUACCGUUGAAUUGAUGUGUGAAAGUAUAUGCUACAAUUCAAAUGCAUUCCCAUAAAAGGAUAAAGUAACAAAUAAGUGGAUUUAAAUUGGUAAUAAGACUGAAUGUGCUUUGUUAGAGUGUGCCGAUAAUUUCAACUACAACUUUUCAUAAUAUAGACCUAGUGAUAAAAUCCUUAGAUAAAUCCCAUUCAAUAGCAAGAGAAAGAAGAUGAGUACUGCAGUAUAUAAUCCAAAAACUCAAUUUGUUAGAGUGUAUACUAAGGGUGCUUCUGAAAUUGUAUUAAAUCAAUGCAUCAAAAUGGUAGGAGCUAAUGGUGUUGAAUAAUUAUUAGACUAGAAUGCAAGAAAUUAAAUCUAUAAUGAUGUAAUCUAAAAAUUUGCCUCAGAAUCCUUAAGAACAAUAGCCAUUGCUUAUAGAGAUCUCGAUCCUCAUUCUUAAAAUUCAAGUGUAUUAGGAUAAAUUCCUUAACUUACUAAAUACACCUAAUCAAUCUAAGAGGAUGAUUUAGAUAAAGAUUUAGUACUAGUUGCAAUUGCAGGAAUCAAAGAUCCAAUAAGACCAGAUGUACCAAAUUCAAUCAAAUAAUGUCAUUCAUCUGGAGUUACUGUUAGAAUGGUUACUGGUGAUAAUAUAUUGACUGCCACAGCCAUAGCUAAAGAAUGCGGAAUUCUUCAAAGUAACAAACAACCGGGACAAUAUGAAGUAAUGGAGGGCAAGUUUUUCAGAGAAUUUGUAGGAGGACUCAAAACAAUAGGAAAUAAAGAAAAUUUUAAAGUGGUUGCCAGAGACAUGAAGGUUAUGGCAAGAGCAUCACCUGAAGAUAAAUACAUUUUGGUAAUGUUAUUGCAGUCACUGGUGAUGGUACUAAUGAUGCACCAGCCUUAAAAAAAGCAGAUGUAGGAUUUGCUAUGGGUAUCACUGGUUCUGAUGUUGCCAAGGAUGGCUGCUGAUAUUAUCUUAUUAGAUGAUAAUUUCAGUUCCAUAAUCACAGCUAUGAAAUGGGGCAGAAAUAUUUACGACUGUAUUAGGAAAUUUAUCCAAUUUCAAUUAACUGUAAACCUUGUGGCUUUAUUCAUGUCCUUUUUGGGUGCUGUUGUUCUAAAAGAAUCUCCAUUAAAUACUAUUGAAAUGCUCUGGGUUAAUCUUAUUAUGGACACCUUUGCUUCCUUAGCAUUAGCAACUGAACCUCCCAAUAUCACAGUGCUUGAAAGACAACCAUACAAGAGAGAGGAUAAAAUUGUAUCUCCAACCAUGAAUAGAACCAUCGUAGGAGGAUCUGUCUAUCAGAUUGCUGUUCUGUGUGGCAUCUUGUUUGUUCUUCCAAAAUAUAUGGAUUUGUCAAUGCCUUAAGAGUUAGAAGGAUAAAAAUUCCAUAAGAAUGUAGUGUAAAUGAGUAUAUUUUUCUAAACUUUUGUCGUUAUGCAAGUUUUUAAUUCAAUUACAUGCAGAUAACUCGAUUACAAAACUAUCAACCCUUUUACUAAUGCAUGCAACAAUCCUCUAUUUUGGGGUGUCUAGACAUUCACUUUGAUAAUCUAAUGCAUCUUAAUUUAAUAUGGUGGUAAAUUUGUUAAGGUGUCUCAUUUAACUGUUUAACAACAUAUACUUUGCAUCGGAUUUGGAAUAGGUAGCAUUAUAUUUUUGGCUCUUGUCAAAUUAGUCAUUCCUGAAAAUUUCUGUCAAAGGGUUGAACUUUUCAGAGAAGAUAUUAUUACCGAGGAUAAAAUGGAUGAUACUUUAGCAAGUAGAUUAAGAAGGAAAAUCAACUACAAGACAAAGAAAUAGAAAAACUGA